AUGAAGGUAUCUAAAGCGUUGACGCUUACAUUUGCAGUCGUGGCCUUUUCGCCUUCCUCAAAAUCAGCUCAUUUAAAAUCCUGGUCUAAACGGCAAUUGAUUUUGUACUGCGAAAGAAACGGUUUAGACAGCUCCGGCUCGUACAUGGAUUUACUCACUCGUGUUGAGGAGCAUCAAAAGUCCAAUGCUUCAGCUGACUAA